UUUCGAACCGCGCAUGAACAAUCGCGCUACGCCAUAGUAUUUUUAUUUUUUUAUUUUUUUUCCGCUGCAGCUAGGGUUAUUCUGAUCUGUCCUUUUUUCUUUUCCCCUACGUUUCCAUGGAUCGGAUCGAGAUCGGGCGGCAGGAAGACGUCGCUGCUCCAUCGUCUGCUUUGGCCUACCUCGAUCCUCACUACUGGGAUCGCCGUUUCUCCUUUGAGGAGCACUAUGAAUGGUUUAAGGAGUAUUCUCAUUUCCAACAUCUUAUCCAGCAGCACAUAAAAUCUUCAGACUCUGUGUUGGAGCUUGGUUGUGGAAACUCGCAGUUGUGUGAAGAAUUGCACAAAGAUGGGAUUACUGAAAUAACAUGCAUUGAUCUUUCAGCAGUUGCUGUCGAAAAGAUGCAGAAGCGGUUAUUAGGCAAGGGAUACAAAGAUAUCAAAGUGAUGGAAGCUGACAUGCUAGACUUGCCCUUUGGCAACGAGUGUUUUGAUGUCGUAGUUGAGAAAGGAACCAUGGAUGUAUUGUUCGUGGACAGUGGCGAUCCAUGGAAUCCAAAGCCUGCAACCGUGAACAAGGUGAUGGCAAUGCUUGAAAACGUUCAUAGGGUUUUGAAACCAGAUGGAACUUUCAUUUCAAUUUCUUUUGGACAGCCACACUUCAGGCGUCCUUUGUUUGAAGCCCCAGAGUUCACUUGGUCCUUUGAGUGGAGCACUUUUGGGGAUGGAUUUCACUAUUUCUUCUAUACCUUGAAGAAGGUUUGCUAAAAUGGGGCUAGACUACUGUUUACAUUUUCCCCUUUUCUUAAAUGGUGGCGACUAUGGUUCAAAAUAUCAGCUGCUACGUAGCAUUUUGGCUGAUACAUGUUGGGUAUCGGUGGAUAUUAGAUACUACUUGAUAAGAAUCACCAUACCCAAAAUUUUGACAGAUUUGGCCCAUAUGAACAUAUGCACAAUGGUGAAACUGUUUUCCCCUUUUUCUUUGUCGUUUUUGGCGUUUUUAUCUCUUAGAGAAAGGGCCAAAGGGGUUUUCUUUCUCUUGUAGAGUUGUGUAUACGUCAUACGUUUUUGCAUGCACACACAAAUAUAUGAUGUUUUGGCAGUUACUGAUUUACCUACAAAAUAUCCUGAGACUCAAAAAGCUAAAGAUGGUAGGGCGGCUGAAGAAGUCGAAAUUCGGUAUCAACAUUGGACAGACACACAACGGCAG